GAAUAUCUUCUGAAGAGCUAAAUCAAAUUUGGAAUAAUCAGGAAGAAUUAGAUGAUAAAAAUAAUUUAGAUUUGUUUCUUAGUGAAAAUAAUAAUGAGAGUGAAUUAGAUAAAGAAAAAUUAUUGGCCAGAUCUAAUAGGAUUAAACUUAUGGUAACACUUUUAGACCCAAGAUUAAAAGAAAUAGAG